UUUGUUGAUGAGCUAUAUUUGUAUAUAUAUUUAACGAAAUGUCAGUGCGCAAACACAGGAAUGGGAUACAGGAUAAGCUUAUAGCUGAUUUUUUAAAAAAAUUCCCCCUUUUAUUGCGUGUGCCACCUAGGGAAAAACGUAAGGCAUCUGAUUUACUGUGGCAACGGUUAGCUUCGGAAUUAAACACUCACGGCCCGCCCAAGAAAGAUGUGCCGGCUUGGAAAAAGACUUUAGCCGAUUUGAAGAAGUCCAUUCGACUGAAACUCGAGCGGAACCAAAACGGGUUUGCAGACAGCAGUGCACAAGUUCCAUUGACGUCGCAUGAGGAGACAUUGGCCAGCCUAUGGGGAUUAUAUGAUAACGUUGCAGAAACUAAAACGAGUACGACAUUUGAGGACGAUCAGCAAGAUAGCAGUACAUAUAAUGAAGAGGAUGUUGAUGUUAACAUGACCCAGGACACGGAUGCACACGAUGAUUAUGAUAUUGAUAAUUUCAUGGGAUCAUCUUUUGAGCCCGAAGUUCCCAAAGUAGAACCUGAUGUGGAUCCUAUUUUCCUGCAGGCAUAUGAACGGCCUAUACCAAAACGACGAUCCAGCCAGUUAGAGGAUUCGCUGGUAAAAAUAAGUAAAAAAAUUAACUUGAUUAAUGAUGCUACAACUAGAACCCAAUUGGCGCUCAAUAAAUUUUGCGCACUUUAUGAAGAAAAAAUAUUAGAGGAUAAGAGACACCAUUUGGCCAUGGAACAGUUAAAAUCUGAGAAAAACGAAUUGAAGAGAAAACGCUUAGAGCAGGAUCGGAGAAAAUAUAAUAAGCCCUAGCUUGCUACUAAAUUGAAAUAAUCUCAGUAGUAAGACAUAUUUCUAUUACCGUAUAAUUAUGUAUGUUUGUUUAUACUAGUUUAUAAGAUACAAUCGUAGUAUAUUCACAUCUGAGUAUAUUUUCAUGGUUAUCAACGAAUUACUUUUGAUUCUGACAAAACUAUGCUG